CGACGCGGGACUGGAUCCCGGGACCCUGGGGUCACGCCCUGGGCUGCAGGCGGCGCUAACCGCUGAGCCCCCCGGGCUGCCCCGCCGACCGGAUGAUUGUUAACGUGGCUUUUGCAUUUCACCAAGAACUUGGUAUUUUCCGGGACUUUAAGGGGCAGGAAGCGCCCGUCAGCGUACUUGCAACCUGGUGUCCCUGCGUGCACCCAGAUGGCACUUGGAACCGCCAUACUGUUUUCUACAGCGGCGUCACCAGUUAGAGUUGUGUCAGCAGUGCACCAGAGUUCCAAUUUCUCCAGAUCGAAGCUACUAUCUCCUUUGGGAUUAAAUGAAAAGGCUGGAUUCACCAGGAAGCAAAUUCUGAGAUGAAGAUUGGGAUGCAAGAUUCAUGCUCUUCCAACUGAGCCAGCCAGGCACCCCUAGAAUCUGUGAGAGGAGUUGCAAUGGUUUGCUCAGCUCUCAGGAGAGUUGCCCAUAUGCAUGUUUACCUGGUGAGGAAAGCCAGUAGUGUCUCCAAAGGCCAUCAUCAUCAUCAGGCCUUGGGCUCGAGACCUGCUGCUUCAGAGUUUGCUGCCCGAAGAGCUCCAGGCAGUGUGGUAGAGCUGCUGGGCAAAUCUUACCCUCAGGACGACUAUAGCAACCUGUCCCAGAAGGUCCUCUCCAGGGUUGGCAGGAAUCUGCACAACCAGCAGCAUCAUCCUCUUUGGCUGAUCAAAGAGAGGGUGAAGGAGCACUUCUACAAGCAGUAUGUGGGCCGCUUUGGGACGCCAAUGUUCUCGGUCUAUGAUGACCUCUCUCCGGUCGUCACCACCUGGCAGAACUUUGACAGCCUGCUCAUCCCGCCUGACCAUCCUAGCCGGAAGAAGGGAGACAACUAUUACCUAAAUGGGAAUCACAUGCUGCGAGCGCACACGUCUGCACACCAGUGGGACCUGCUGCAUGCUGGGCUGGAUGCUUUCCUGGUAGUGGGCGAUGUCUACCGGCGCGACCAGAUUGACUCCCAGCACUACCCAGUGUUCCACCAGCUGGAGGGCGUCCGACUCUUCUCUAAGCACGAGUUAUUUGCUGGCAUAAAGGAUGGAGAGAGCCUACAGCUCUUUGAACAGAGUUCUCGCUCGGCUUACAAACAAGAGACACAUACCAUGGAGGCCACUAAGCUCAUCGAGUUUGAUCUUAAGCAAACACUUAUCAGGCUUGUGACACAUAUUUUUGGAGAUGGACUGGACAUUAGAUGGGUAGAUUGCUACUUUCCUUUUACUCAUCCUUCCUACGAGAUGGAGAUUAACUUCCAUGGAGAAUGGCUAGAAGUUCUUGGCUGUGGAGUGAUGGAACAGCAACUGGUAAAUUCAGCUGGUGCUCAAGAUCGAAUUGGCUGGGCCUUUGGUCUAGGAUUGGAAAGACUGGCCAUGAUCCUCUAUGACAUCCCUGACAUCCGCCUCUUCUGGAGUGAGGAUGAGCGUUUCCUGAAGCAGUUCCGCGUGUCAGAUAUCAACCAGAAGGUGAAAUUUCAGCCUCUUAGCAAAUACCCUGCUGUGAUAAAUGACAUCUCAUUCUGGUUACCCUCCGAGAAUUAUACAGAAAAUGAUUUCUAUGACUUGGUACGAACAGUUGGAGGAGACCUGGUGGAAAAAGUUGAUCUGAUAGACAAAUUUGAACAUCCAAAAUCCAAGACAUGUUCAUCACACCAACGAAACCCCACACCCAUUACAGGGCUGCUUCCCAUCCCACUUCUUCCAGCCUCCAGCCCCUGGCUACCACCGAUCCGCGUUCUACUUCUCUGGGUCUCCCUAUUCUGGAUAUGCCACAUAAAACGAAUUCAUACACUGUAUGACCUUUUGUGUCUGUCUGGCUCCUUUAACUUAGCAUGUUUUUAAGGUUCAUCUACAUUU